GCGACACAUAAACAAAAGCACACUGCAACUUUAGCUCAGCGCAUCUUCUGUACUAAUACCGAACCGGUUACAGUGGAGCCGACCAGACCACGGAGUACUUUUUUCACGAUUAUUUAAAAAAGAAAAAAAGAGACAAAAUAUUUUUUUGAGGGAACAUCAUCAUCUUUUCGACAAUACGAUCUACUUCAUUCAUCGCCACUUUCUAUUUUUGCAAAAUUGUUUUGAACAUGCACAGGGAAUUAUUAGGGGUUUAAAAACAUAUGUAAAGACGGAACCGCUACAGCAAACAAACUCCGGUUCGGAAGAGCGCCUGCAGCCGAGUUCUGAACCCCGGCUACCGGAUACCUCAACCGCUUCGCGAGCUGAAACAGCUCUAAACCCGCGCCACUUGCCAUCUCCACCCGGGAAACCAACCACGAUUCAGCGAGCAAAAGGUCAACCAGAUCUAUGGCACUCUGACAAUGAGCAGGCGAUCACACUUAGUGGAACAGCUGCAUUUUGUCCAUCUAAAAUGCACUCCUCGAGACAUGCCGUGCGUUCAGGCCCAGUAUGGCCCUGCACACCCCGGGUCCAGCUACUCUGCCCAGUCCUUCGGCUAUCACGGCGACUACAGCACCGACCUCAUGCCGACAGACUACGGCAAGUGUGAGCUAGGCGGGGGGGAGAUCUCCGCAGCAGCCGCCACCACUUCUCUGCCCAGCUUCAACGUGUUUGUGGAGGGCGGCUUCGAGCCCAAGCCCUCGUGCCUGUACCAGCUGCCGCCACAGAGGCCUGUCAUCAAGAAGGAGGAGGAGAGCUACCCACCCAUGCCCAUGUCGGACGAGACCCUGACCGCCGGCACCAUGUACUUUAAGCAAUCCCCUCCCUCCACCCCCACCACACCGCUACACUCUGCCCCGCCCGGGAGCUCCUUCCUGUGGGACGAGUCCCACGGCGGCCUGCCCUCCGUGCCCCAACCCUGCCUCAUGGAGGGUACCCUGAAGGGCCCACGCUUCCCCCACUUCUACGAGCAGACGGCGCCCCCCACAUCCGCCGGAUAUGAGCCACCCUUGGGCCUGCCGCUCCACCCCGAGCGCUCUUCGUCGUCGUCCUCCUCUUCUUCACACGCUCCGCCCAGCCUGGACGCGCACGCCCACAUGUACCCGCUCGGUGUGGGCAAGGGUAGUGCGGUGGCCUUCCGCUCGCUGAGCAUGGGGUCGUGCCCACCGUCCCUGCUGGCUGAAGGGCUCCCGUCUCCACCCAGCCGGACCAGCUCUGGGGAGGGCACCUGUGCCGUGUGCGGGGACAACGCCGCGUGCCAGCACUACGGGGUUCGAACCUGUGAAGGCUGCAAGGGCUUCUUUAAGAGGACAGUGCAGAAGAAUGCGAAGUACGUGUGUUUGGCCAGUAAAAACUGUCCUGUGGACAAAAGAAGACGGAACCGCUGUCAAUACUGCCGCUUCCAGAAGUGUCUCAGUGUAGGCAUGGUAAAGGAAGUGGUGCGCACAGAUAACCUGAAAGGGAGGAGAGGUCGUCUGCCGUCCAAACCAAAGAGCCCGCUGCAGCCUGAAAGCUCACCUCCGUCACCCCCCGUCAGCCUGCUCAAUGCACUCGUCAGGGUGUACUCCCAGUCCAUACCCCGAGAACUGGACUACAGCCAGUUUAGUACAGUAGAGGUAGGAGGUGUGGCUGAGGCCCAGCAGAUCCAACUGUUUUACCGGAUCCUCACCGGUUCCAUGGAGGUCACGCGCUGCUGGGCGGAGCGGCUUCCAGGAUUCGCUGAACUUCACCAUGAUGACCAGAACCUACUCAUAGACUCCGCCUUCCUCGAACUCUUCGUGCUCCGCCUGGCCAACAGGUCGUUGUUAGCAGAGGAGAAGUUUGUUUUCUGCACGGGCCUCGUGCUUCACAGGCUGCAGUGUUUGCGGGGUUUUGGUGAAUGGUUGGACUCCAUCCGAGACUUCAGCUCUCACCUUCAGAGUCUCAGUUUGGACAUACCUGCCUUCUCUUGCCUGUCCGCCCUGGUGCUCCUUACAGAACAGUGUCCUGGGCUCAAGGAACCCAAAAAGGUGGAGGAGCUGCAGUCCAAGCUGGUCUGCUGUCUACGAGAGCACCUGAGCUCCGGCGGGGCCGGAGGCGUGGCCGCAGCCGGAAAGGCCCCGCCUUCCGUGGCCGCUGUACUGGGCUUGAGGGCAGAGCUUAGGUCUCAGCGCACUCAAGGCCUACAGAGGAUCUUUUACCUGAAGCUGGAGGACCUGGUCCCGCCCCCACCACUUAUCGAUAGGUUCCUUGACACCCUGCCCUACUGAUGGCCCAUGCUGCCACUUGCAAGCAAAAGACACGAUCACAACCUCUUUAAGACACACCCACUGAACCUGUGGAGACACAUAGAGGGAUGGACCCCAGAGCCCAGGACGACCCACUGAACUCAAUUUCCCAUGAGUCUCGGGGGCCACGUGGGAACUCACUUUCAGCCCAGCUCUGUUUCUGAUUGUGUGUGUGUGUGUGUGUGUGUGUGUGUGUGUGUGUGUGUGUGUGUGUGUGUGUGUGUGUGUGUGUGUGUGUGAAUGGUGUGUGAGCGUAUAGGAAAGAAAAUGCUUCUGGACUGUGGUUCAGUAUAUCAUGUCAUGGCAACUGUUUGUUUCUUUUCGUGAGUUAGCGUGUGUAUGUUAUAUGUAUAUGUGUGAUUGUGUGUGUUCCUGUGAGACAGAAAGUGAGAGAGAGAGAAUAUGUAUUUAAGGUCUGAAAGCAGUCAGACGUAUCCUCCGUCAUUCGUGUAAAAUAUGAAGGCAACAUCUGUUUAUUCACACAUACACACAUAAACACACCCUUGCUCGUGCACACAAUGAACAGCAUAUCAGACA